CUCUUUCGCUGGCCUCACUACGGGAAGCUCGCCGUGGGAGAGAUGCUGCUCGUUAAGGUUUACAACUGCAGCAAGGUUUUCAGUAACAGGGUGCUGGGUACCCUUGUCCUCAGCCUUCAGCACCUGAUGACAUCCGGGAGGCUGAUCCUCCGUGAGGUCCUUGUCGACAGGAACCACAGAGCCACUGGUAUAUGCAUUGAGUUGGAUUUGCGCUACCAGCCUCCAGAUGGCUCAGCUGGGACCUGGGUAGAAGAGGACUUUGUCUAUCAGAUGAAAGACAGUUCGGAGUUAAUCAUCCGCAAUCCUGGAUUUGAGGAGGUGGAGUCAGCUGAGGGGCAAAGAGCAAGUGAACUUGACAGGAGGGCUGCCACGCUGGGCAGGAAGCUGGUGAAAGGCCUGGAGACUGAUGAGGAAGAGGAAGAGGCAGUAGAAGAUUUCUACGAUGUGUCUGAGUUAGAGGUCUCAGGCAUUGUCUUCAGCCCUGUGAAGAGCCGCUCCAGACUUUGCUCCACACGGGACCUCUUUGCUACCCCAACCCCACAGAGCUUUCAGGUUGGGAUUAAUAUCAUUGAAGCGCAGAAGCUGGUGGGGGUGAACAUUAAUCCCUUUGUGGUAGUCAGAGUUGGUGAGGAGAAGAGGCAUACGGCGACGCAGAAGUCAACAAACUGCCCCUUCUACAAUGAAUAUUUUUUGUUCGAAUUCCGUGAGCCAAGGGACAUUUUAUUCCACAGACUCAUAGAGAUCUCGGUUUUUCACUCAACGAAGGUACCAUUCCUGGGAACGUGCAUAGGAACAUUCAAGAUGGACAUUGUGACAGUGUACAGCCAGCCAGAUCACAGGUUUUUCCAGAAGUGGGCCGUUAUCAGUGACCCCACGGACACCCGGGCAGGUGUGAAGGGCUUUGUGAAGUGCAAUAUCUCCGUCACUGCACGUGGGGACAUUGUGGGCUCCCUUCCCACCUCCUCCAGCAGCCGGGAUGAGGACAUUGAAAGGAAUCUGCUGCUGCCUAAGAGAGUCCCUGCAGAGAGACCCUGGGCCAGGGUCUGCAUCAAGUUGUACCGUGCUGAGGGCUUGCCUAGCAUGAGUGCAGGCAUCAUGGGUGGUUUCUCCAAGAUCAUAGGGGAGAAAAAAGUCUUUAUUGACCCAUAUGUGCAAGUCUCGUUCUGCGGGCAGCAGGGAGAAACGUCGGUGGAGACCAACACCACUGAGCCUGAGUGGAAUGAGCAGAUCAGCUUCAUCGAGAUGUUCCCACCUCUGGCCAGGAAGAUAAAAGUUCAGGUGCUGGAUGAUGCCAGUGUUGGGGAUGUGGCCAUCGCUACACACUACAUCGACCUGCAGCAGAUCUCGGACCCUGGCAGGAAUGGCUUUAACCCCACAUUUGGCCCAGCCUGGGUGAACCUGUAUGGCUCCCCCCAGAACUCGACUCUGCGGGAUAUCCACAAGGACCUCAACGAGGGCAUGGGCGAGGGGAUCUUCUACCGCGGGCGUAUCCUCAUGGCCAUCAUGGUGGAGAUCUUCAGCAGCCCCAGCCUGGCAGAGAGGAAGCUUGGGGACAAAACAAAAGGUGCCCUAAGCAAACUGAAGCUGAAGAAGAAAAGUAAGAAAUUCAAGGAGAAAGCCAAAGAACUGAGCCAGCUACAGGGAGAGGAGGAGGCUGGGGGCUCUCAGGAGGCCGAGCAGCCUGGGGAGGUCACUGUGGAGGUGGACGAGCUUCAUCCACUCCCCGAGAAUGCGCUGGGGAGGAAGGAGGAAUUCCUCCUCUUCGCUGCCUUCUUUGAAGCCACUAUGAUGGACUCCUCUCUCAGUUCCAAGCCUGUCAGCUUUGAAGUCUCUAUAGGAAACUAUGGGAAAGCCGAAGAGGUUGUGACCAAAGUAUCGAGAGAAGUGGAAAAGGAAGUGAAAGAAGAAAAGCAACCUUUGCUGGAGCCUGGUUCAGAUGGUGAGCUGGAUGUUGAAGUCCUGGCCCCAGCUUCAGCAACACUGAACAAGUCGGUGACAAAGAGCCAGAGACCAGAGCCCACGGAGUAUGACAGGUCAUACCUCUGCCUGCCCAUGACGCAUGAGAAACCUUGUGUGUACGUGUGGAGCUACUGGGAGGAUCACACCUGGAGACUCUGCAUUUCCAACUGGAUUGUCAAGCUGGCAGAGCGCCUGGAGCAGGGGCUGGAUGACGUAGAGAAGCUCAUGAGAAGGCCAAAGUCUAAAGCAGAAGAGCGGCUCAGAGAGGUGCUGGAGGAAUUUGUAGCUGGAUGCAGGCAAUAUUCACUCAACAUAGAGAGAAGAACAAUGGCACAUCCAAACAACCUUGACAGAUGUAGGAUGAAAUACCUGAUGCGCAACAUUAUCCUGUACGCAAAGCAGGGGCUACGUGUGAGGCGGCGCCUGACUCGAGCCAACAUCAAGGAGAAGGUUAAGGAGACAAGGAGGGUCCUGACAAAGCUACGCUUCAUGGCUAAAGAGCCCCAAUGCACCCUCCCUGAUGUCCUCAUCUGGAUGCUCAGCAACAACAGGCGUGUGGCAUAUGCAAGAGUUCCUGCGCAGAACAUCCUCUACUCGGUAGUUGAAGAGGAGAAAGGCAAGGACUGUGCGAAGAUCCAGACUGUCUUUAUGAAGGUCCCUCGCUUACACACUGGUGAGAUCUUUGCCAAACUGGAAAUCUACAUGUGGCUUGGAGUAACCAAAUAUGCAAAGAACUGUUUGGCAGAGCUGCCUGAGGAGUUCAGGUACCUCUCUGAGAGUGGACAGGAGGUAGCCCAGCUCUCGGCAUACAGUCCCCCCAGCCGGCUCAGCAGGGAUGAUUUCAGCUAUUUCCAGCUCCGAGCCCAUCUGUAUCAGGCUCGAGGGAUCCUCCCUGCAGAUGACAAUGGCCUUUCAGAUCCAUUUGUGAGAGUGGUGUUUUCGACUCAUUGCCAGACCACCAGG